GCAGCAAAACAAAAUUCAGAAAAAUUAAUUUUCUUCAAAAAAAUUAAAAUGGGAAGAGAAGUGUCGGAGAGCUGCAUCGACAGUCUACUGACGGAGAUGGUUUCUUCAUAUUGCAACCGGUUCGAUAUAAAUAAACCGGAGCUCGCCGGCCGGAGGAUCGAGGCCAUCGGUUAUCAGGUCGGUCAUCAGCUCGCCGAACGGUAUACUAUGGAGCGACCGCGUUUUAAUGAUCAUUUAGAGGCGAUUAAGUUUAUUUGUAAAGAUUUUUGGUCUGAGGUUUUCAAGAAGCAGAUAGAUAAUUUGAAGACGAAUCAUCGAGGAACUUUUGUAUUGCAAGAUAAUAAGUUCCGUUGGCUUUCACGAAUGUCGGUUGAUCCAUCAACUGAAAUUGUCGAGAAGUCGCAAGAUCCUAAUGUUGUAGCUGAAAGCAAGUCUGCUCAGGCAAUGAGUAUGCAUCUAUAUUUUCCUUGUGGAAUCAUAAGAGGAGCUCUUUCGAACUUAGGGAUCCCUUGUGCUGUUUCUGCUGACAUAUCCAAUCUUCCAGCAUGUUCAUUUGUCGUCCGGAUAAAGGCUUGAUUGAAUGAUGACAACAAAUACGGGAUCGGAAAUUCAGAUGUGAGAGCAUGUUUUCAUUAAUCAAUCACCAAGUCAGAUACUUUAUUUCUCCUCCCUUCUUUUUUUCAUGAAAAUGUACUUCAGAAGUUCUUAUAGAUGUCCAUAAAACAUGUCCAAAUUUGUAACACUGAAAUACACUUUUGAGCUUGAUAUCUGCUACUCUUUAGUCAUUGCACACGAGGUGAUCUUUAGCCAGCCAUGAAAUGCAUGAAAGUGGGCUCAAUCUCGACUCAAGAUUUUAUAUUAGAAUGUGUGCUAUUAUGAUUA